CGGCCUCUCACGCAAAAGCACGACGAGCCCCACUCUCUUCCGCUCAUCUCGAGGCGGGAAUAGGCUCCACCGAACCUUCUAGAAGCUUCGGGAAGGACGCCCCCUGCCGCGUCGCUCUCCUCCUCUCCACCCUCUCCCGAUGGCUGCGUCGUCGGCGGCGGCCGGGGCGGGCGGCGAGCCCCAGAAGCAGCUCCUCUCCAUCAUCCGCGACUUCGCCGCCGAGAAGUCCCACGGCGAGCGGAGGGUGACGGAUCUGAAGCGGCGGCUCGACGACUUGCGCGCCGCCUCCGACGCGGCCGCGGCGGAGCUCGAGGCCGCCAAGCGCGCGCGGGAGGGCGCGGAGCAGGAGCUGCGCGGGGGCCAGGUGCAGGUCGCCAUCGCCGCCGCGUCCAUCCAGGCGCUCGAGGCGACGAUCUCGCAUCUCCAAGAGGAAAUUUCGAAGGCGGGAUCUGAUCUGGACGCGCUUAAGGGCAAGGGAGACAUUGAGAGGGAUGAGUUCAUCAGCCAGAUGGAUCAGUUAAACACAAAGAUAAGGCAGUUUCAACAAACAGUUUCUGUAGAGUUUAAACGACAGAAGUGCUCUGAGCUGCCCUCAGGAGAAGGUCAACAUGUCAGAGACAUGAGCAAAAUCGAGGAGUCAGAAGGUAUUUUGAAAGAUUUGAUUGAUAAGGUGAACAAUGCUGAUGCCGAGUUGCAUGUCUUAGAAGAAGAGUAUAAAAAAGAUCUGCUCCAUCAUGAUGAGGUUCGUCGGGAGUUGGCUGAUACCCAGGCGAAGAGAGCUCUUAUGGAGGCUGUGAUGGGAGAGACGAAGCAGCUGCAGGAGCUUGGAGAAUAUCCUUUUCUUGGGUUCGUUCAGAAGUUUUCGAACUCACUACAUCUUGUGCUAUUCCCUGUGCAAAUUCACCAAGCGUUUUGCAAAAGGCGUUUCUUUAACGGGAAGCAAGCGGGCAGCCGAAAUGGAGAAAGCGCACGCUUCGCUUGCGGAGGAGUUGCAGAGGCGGUACGCGUGCCCAGGCUGUGGAGUCAACAACAUGGUUGGGUUGGAGGAGGCGGCGGCGGCCAGCUGAAGAUGGCGCUCGCUGGUUGGUUGCUGUACAUAGACAAAGCUUGACACAGAUGACAGAUGGGUGUGGAAGGUUUUGCUGUUGAAUGGGUGUAGUAAUUUGCACUAGUUCAGCUGAGUAUAGCUGUUGGCAUUUGUCUUCCCGGUAUGAUAUAUGGGAUUAUGGGUAGAAGGAUGAAAUAGGUUAGUGGUUGGUCAGCCAUUUUUUGGAGUCAAUUACCCCACCAAAGUUUGGGGUUUUCUUUUGUAGCUGCAAUGAUUCGUCGAUAGCUGAUGGCCAGUAGAUGGGGUUAUGAUUGUUCGCAAACUCAACAGAAUGCGCAAGAAUCAGGCUUGCUGAGAAGAACCACUCCCAAGUUCAGUUUGCAAAUUGCAAAACGCAUGCAUGGGCAUUAGCACGCAAUAAUUUCUACUAUUAUAAAAAUUAAAGAUGUUUUUUACCAGAAUUUUGGUACGUUA